AUGACAAUCACAACCCGAUCAAAACGCGUGUCAGCAUUUGGAGCCGAUGGCCCCACGCCAGCCGCCGUCGCACCCGGGUCGUACACCCCUGAGCAGUUCAUCACGAGUUUUGGCAUUCAGGCUCGACGUCCACUCUUCUCCAGUUUUGCCACAACUGAGAAGCGAAACCUUAACGAGAACAAGACGACGUCCGCGACCACACCUGGCCCCGGAGCAUACCUUGACGAAUCGCGCAACCAACGCGGUUCUCCGCCGUCGAAUGUCUUCGCUUCUAAAAUCGCUCGCUUUGCGCCAAGUGCACCGGGAUCCACCGUUUUUAGUGCGUCUAGCGUCCAGGACAAUCCUGGUCCAGGCAGCUAUCUACGUCCGUCCUCAUCACCGCCGUCCAACAACCAACGCGAGCACCAACACCAAUGGCCCCGCAAGUUCGCACAUUUAAUUAAACCGUCGGUGCCUGCUAUUCCACAGCGACAACAAAGCUACGGGUAUGUACAGGUAGGUGUGGAGCUUCAAAGACAAUCUGCACCUGAAAAAAUCUACUCUGGUGUCGGGGACGACACAGUGGGGCCCGCUGCUUACAGUAGACACAACUUGAUCUGGAAUGAAAAGAAGAACGGUGCUCCUUCGCUCAAGUCCACCGCAAAACGUGAAGUAUGGGAGGAGAACAAGAGACUUACAAGUCUACCGGGUCCUGGUCAGUACGACACCGACUCCGUCUCCGGAAUAUCAAGGGUCACUGCAACACCACAAACAAUAUCGGCUCCAGAGGGCCAGCGACCACGAAUUGGUGCGCGGCGUAGUCGACAUCAAAGUACUCGACAGAGUGCUGUCUUUGCGUCCAAGGUGCCUAUUCUUCAAGUACCGAAGCCUGUUGGAGUGUACGACCCCGAACGAGAGCAGGAACUUCUCGCCAAGGAAGAGCGAGCUGAACGAUAUCGCCAAGAACAAAACAGAUUUGGUGGCUAUGGUGUUAAGACGGAAGCAUUUGGAUCUACUACAGGUCGUACGGAACUGACAUCGCACAUUACUACCCCCUUUAGAAACCCUUCGUACACUACGACACCAGGUCCUGGCAGAUACGGCACUGCUCGCUCGAAUCCUUUAUCAAAACAACUUGGGAGGAAAGCAAGCGGGGCUUCGAUUCCGCAUCACCGAGCCGAAGGAGUAGGCUUUUCGUGUGCUACAGAGCGACCAUGUCUUGCUCGUACAAAGACACCUUCAGCUCCAGGUCCCGGAGCAUACAAGAGCGAGACUCCGCGGUCGCUCACUCAAUCCGUCAAAGGAAAACUCUGCAUCGGGAGAAACGGAGUCUUUGGGACGACAUCAGAACGGCAGGUCUGGGAUGAAAACGAGUUCACUCCGGGACCUGGGGCCUAUUCCGAGUCGGGAUCUUUCGACACAAAGCAUUAUUUGAAUUCGGCUGCAUUCAAGUCUGGCUCAACUAGAUUUUCGAAGAAUGCCCCAUCUCAAGCCCCACCUCACGUACAUUGUGUCGGCGAUCAGGCUACUCCAGCCGUGGGGCAGUACAACGUCUCUAAGGGGUUUUCAGCUGUGUCUGAAGUCGCAUCCUCAUCGGAUGCCACAGAAUUUCUAUCCCCUCGUGUACCAUUCCUGUCGACGCAAGAACGAUCCGUGUUCGAUACGAGAGAUGUGUGCGAUCUUCCUGGUCCAGGGGCGUAUAAGGACAGUGCCGAGGAUACGGGAGCCUACACGAGAUCAAGAGAUCUCCGCUUGACAGUCGGGAAUGAAGCUCGGUUCCGUGUGAAGCCGACGGUGCCUGUGACUGUCGGGCCUGGAGCUUAUUCCAUCCCCGGCACAGUUGGCACCAAGAGCUUCAACGUGACCAUGACCCCAAAGGAUAUCAGCAAGCCAGGUCCAACACGAGCUCGAGGCUCCCCCACUCAGAGAAACUCCCCACGCACAAUGAUACACUAA